AUGUGUCUUGUCACCUACUUCCAGCACAAGCAUUGCAAGCACAAGUGGGUGGUGAUCAGCGAGCCCUGCGGCCCCGGGAUGGGAUUCGCGACGUGCGACACGUUCCGCAACUCAAACUACGUCAAGGACAUGCCGGUGCUGUACACGACUGAGAGCCGGCCGUGCCCGAGAUGCUGCGUGCUGGCCAGUGGUGGCUGCUACGACCUCAACUCGACGAGGAUGGUGGAAAGUAUGGGGUGGGGGGUUAAAUGGGGGACUGGGCCGGCCAAGGAUGAUUUGGGCAUUGAGAUCAAGGUGAAGGAUGGCUGUUGUGUGAAGGCCAAUAUGCUUCCAACUCCCGACACAUCGCAUGUGCCGUAUGAGAGGGUCUACGAGCCCGCCGAGGACUCAUUCCUGCUAUUGGACACCCUCUCAUCCGAUACCGAGAAGGAGUUCCUGCAGAAUAGAUUCGCCAACCGCGUGCCUCUGGUCCUCGAGAUAGGCACUGGCUCAGGAGUCGUCAUCUCCUUCGCGAACGCACAUGCACAAACUAUCUUUGGGAAGAGGAGCAUUCUUACGGCCGGGGUUGACAUGAAUGCCUUCGCUAGUCGAGCUACGGUCCAGACGGCAAGGAAGGCAGAGCAGGACAACCCGGGCGAUCACGGCAUGUACUUGGGCUCAUGCAUGGGAGAUCUCACUGCACCUUGGAGGGGCCAGGAGAUUGACGUCUUAAUUUUCAAUCCUCCCUACGUGCCGACAUCAGAGAUGCCUGAAAGGCCAGAGGACUUUACGGAAGUUCCUACGCCGGACCAGAAACCCUCGUUCGACCAUGAUUCCUAUCUACUCGCUCUGUCCUAUGCCGGCGGAAAGGAUGGUAUGGAGACGACGGAUCGAUUAAUCGAGUCCCUGCCUGACAUCUUAUCCCCCCAAGGCUGCGCAUAUAUCCUCUUCUGCGCACAAAACCACCCGGACAAGGCGAGGCGGCGGAUUGAGGCCCUGGGGCCGGAAUGGAGAGCCUUAAUGGCGAGAUCAAGCGGAAAGACAGCUGGCCGGGAGAAGUUGCAGGUCCUGCGAAUAUGGCGGGAGCUUGGUAACGAUGAGUGA